CCCAUCACUUCCAUCUUCCUUAGAACUAUUUCCCAUCGCAUUACGACCCAAUUCCGAGAGCACAAGAACCGAGGGCCUACAGAAGGUUUACACCACUCCCAAGAAGAUCAAGCAUGAAAAGUACAAGAACGUCAUGAUGCAAGCCCUCUUGAUCAGCUCGUGGCACACGGCCAGGUCGAACAAUGUCAAGGCCAAGCAGCCCCCCUAGUCAAGUCCAAACAAGACCCAGAUUAAGCAUGGAUAGGAAAAGAAGAAGAGCAUCAUGACCCAAGCUUUCUUGAUCAGCUCGCGGCACACAGCCGAAACUAGCGGAAGCCGACUACCAGAAGUUCGUCAGGGAAAAGAAGAAUAAGUACUUCAAACGUGCGGCACGCAGUCUGUUGCGUGAGUAGGUAGGUGAAGAAGAUGGAUACAGGAUGGAUAACAGCCCAACAGCAGUAGGACUCAGCAUCGCCAGAGAUCUCUUCUUCAUCCCGCUGGACCAGCCGGCGAAGACAAUGAAAAGAAGAAGAAGAAGAAGGAAGAAGAGUCCGACCUGGAUAGAGUGUAAUACCAGGUUAAACAGAACCCAAAACUGUGGCCGCCUUACCUUCGAAGCCUGGCGGGGUUAGUGAAAGGGGGACCGCCAGGUCCGUCGUGCCCAAGCUCUCUUGAUCAGCUUGCAGCACACAGCCCACUGCGAAAGCAGGUGAAGAAGAUGGAUAAAGAGGAAAAGAAGAAGAGGAGGAGAUGUCGGGGGGGGGGAGGCAGACAUUUAUACCCUUCCAGGGAGGGCCCCAAUCAGCUAGAACAUGGAGACCGGUGGCGCAAGACGGUGAAAGAACUAAAGGCAUGGCAGGAAUGGCGCGCAUCGUCAGUGUUGCCUGAAGGCAGGAAGGGUGACGGAAGGGGCAGUGGUCAGGGAGCCGGCUCGCAGAAGGUGGCCCAGAACCUUCCCAUUUGUGUUCCCGGGCGGCCCUUGAUCAGACAGAACAUGGAGGACAGGGAAAAUGCAAGAAGCAGAAGGAUUGGUCUUUCCUGGCGAACUAAACAAGGCAGCACUGGCAUCCUGUUAGGGAGGCACGAGACGGUGGUAGGAUGGAUCAGAGGCAUGGCGGAGCAAGAGUGGCGCGCAUCGUCAUGGCAGGAAGGAUAACAGAAGAAGGAGUGAUCAUUGAGCCGGCUCGCAGGUGAUCAAGAACCUGACGAUUCGUGAUGGUGUAGGAGGGAAGCAGGAAAGCAACCGACGGAAGGACGUCCAAACCGGCUGGCAUCACAUCCAUCAAACAGCAAAACCGAUGCUGCAGGAAGAUGAAUUGAGCAGCAUCUCAGAGGUGGAAAGGUGCAGUGAGGGGGUCAUGUAGCUUAAUUGGUGGCACCAGUGGUAGGGAGCAGACACAGAGAUGUAGGCAAGGCAUAUCGUUCCUUUGGGCCAUCUUCAC